GUCAAUUUUCUUUACUCAUUGAUCAAUUGUUUCCCCUUGCUCGUCCUGCUGCGGUUACUCUGCCCGUGCGCAGGCAUAUGCAUAGCUUUGGCUGCUUUGUUCGCAUGCAUCAUCAUCUUCAUCAUCCCUUCAGAAAUAAGUUUAGAUUCUAGAUUUGCACGAGGAUGAGGAAGUAGAAUGUUGCGACGAGAUAAGCUUCUGAUUCAGGCUCAUCCAGAUUUCCUUGCCACCGAAGAGGAAACCUUGCAGCUUAUCCAGCGAUGUCAGAGCAAAGGUACUACUUUUCACAUUGCUUUGCUCGGAACAACUCAUGCUCCUCCCUCGUAUUCUUUCAAUCGUCCACGUUUCAUGACCUUCGUGAUGUCAUUCCAUAAUUCUUGACUCGAGAAGUAACAUAGAAACUACUGGCAAGAACAGGUAUCAACAUCCUGGCUUGCGCCUUUGGGACGGUGCCAGGGGUGACCGAUGCGUCUGGACAACUUCGCUUCACCGGAGGUGAUGACAUCAAAAGCACCACCUCGCAUCCGCUCUACCCGUUGAUGUUUUCAACGGCCACUCGAAUGCUUUGGCAAGCAAAAGAAGAGACCGGGAAAAACUAUCGCAUCGAAGACUUGCUGGACAGAGGAGAAUGGUGGGUGCGGGAAUGCCUUAGGUUGCGAGAGCAGUAUCGACUUAACGAUGCGUUAUUCAAUACGGCGUUUGCGGAAAAACAAGUCUCGGGUUUUCGCGAACAUGUUUAUGACUGAGAAAAGUUGGGGAAUCUGAGACUCGUCGAGCAGGUUUAUUUUACAGUGACUCAUGAUCUCAUCUUACUUAGGCUUAUUUCUAAUCCGCCGGAUACGCAUUCUUAAAUGCCGCCGCGCGUCCUAGACCUUAUGCGACCCUGUGGACUAGGUUUGGGUAUGCGGAUUUUGCUCAGCUCAAUACGAAAAUGGCGAACGAAGAUAUGGUCCGCACUUGGCUAAGGAUUUGGGAGUAUGGAGCAGCGGUGCAAAUGCGAAAGCUUAGCGAGAGGCACAACCAAAUCGUCGAUCGCAUCAUCAUUGUUUUGGACCUGGCGAAUGUAGGGCUGUCAGCGGUGGUAAGUUCAUCUGAUAUAGAUAAGGUUUUUGUCUGUGGACCACUGAUUGUUGGAUAUUUCCCCUUUCCGUUUGAGAAGAUAGAGAUCAUAUUUUUUGAUGCAGUAGUUGUAUCUCGAUGAAGCAUGUCAAAUCCUUGACACUGGCUCUGUACCACUACCACUGCAACAGUCCUGGCUCCGUUCGUUCAUGAAACCGAUUACGAGCGCGACUCGCCACCUCUUUCCCGAAAUGAUUGCCCACGUUUUUUAUGGCUCGAUGUCUCAGAAUCAAACACCAAAAAGCUUAUAUAUAAUUUGCUUAAGAUUUUUGACCCUCAUAGCUAGAUACCUCUACCAAGAUCGCAUCUUCUACACAAUGAUCUUACUCAAUCUCUAAUUUCCAUUCCUGAAUAUGCCUUGGAUGCUACGCGCACCCACGAACGCUUUGGCUAAGUUACUUCUGAACCCUGCAACAAUCCACAAGUUCAGAUUCCUGGCGAACAAUGAUGGUCUCUUGGAGUUCUUCGAUAAGAAGGACAUCCCUGUAUACCUUGGCGGCGAAAACGAGUCCCCAGAAGCGACGCCAUGCCCUGUGACUGGGAGAUUAGUUACGAUCACUGACAGACUCUUCUCGUUCUCAGUUUUUCCUGAAUGAACUAAUGCAAAAAGUUAAAGUACUAGAAGGAUCUCCUGAUCCUGAAUUAACUAAUGAAUGUAAGUACUACUUCUAGAACAAGCUGCAAUCUUCUUCAUCAUGCGCCACUCGUGCAUCUCUAAUUCCUUUGGCGGCGACGAAAAAGUCUGGACUGAGGAGCUUUUGGCUGGAAAGGUGAGUGAAGAUGUGUAUCUACGCAGUCGCGACCCCUAUGACCCAACUGCUGGCUUGCGACCGGUAUCUGCUGCUACAACCGCGGCCACUAGUGCUGCUAGUUCGCCGACUGCCGCCGCGAGCGCGACGAUUAGCACGAGUAGCGGAAUACCUCCUCGAGUAGAAGUUUCUGAUGCGUCUGUGGCUCAGAGCGAGGAAGUGCAGGAGCAGACGAUAGCAAAUGCAAAGACCGAGAUCGUGGUAGCGAAAACAGAUGUUAAUGAAAGUACCGCUCCCGUCCUCUUCGAGGACAAGAACAUCAGCACGAAACAAGAUACGUCGUCGAAGACCACAUCACUCCCAGUUUCAAGUGGUCGAAAUAAUCGUAUCCGGGAAGCCUCGCGAGAAACGCCAUCAGCCUGUGAGUUUCAGUCCGCUGACUCGGAUGAAGAAGAGAAAACGAACAACAGGGGUCGGACACGACGACUGAAAGUAGGAGGAGUGGCAGACACAGCAGUUCAGGCAGCGCAUGAGCCUCGUAGCAGCGCUCCUGAACAAAGGAACAGAGGAACAUCAGAUGGAAACGACAAAGCAAAUAUGUCUGCUGCAUCUGGGCAGCCUUCUAAUCGUGCUGCAGGAUCGAGUAAUAGCAAGACUGGAACUACUACAACAGCUGCCACGACCAGUAGCACAACUAGUAGUAAUAGGGAAAGGAGUAAUAGCACAUCCUCUUCCACCAUGAUAUUGCUGAACAGUGUUGUCACAACUCCUGCUGUUGCUCCUGGUGGUGCCUCAAGGAAGAGCGCACCUGUAGUUCCGAACAUGAAUACGUGGAUAGCGCAAGUGAGCAAUCGUUUUGCUGCAGUUAGAGCAAACACGAGAAGCAUGCAUUCGAACCUGAAGCAACAACUUGUCGGCACAAGAACUUCCAUGACUGGUAGGACUUCCUCGUCUGGCAACGCUGGUGAUGCAUUGGCGGGAUCGUCAAGAGCUUCGAAAGCUAAUCAUCGUUUCAGUUUUGCCUUUGUCCGGUCCUGUGUGAUACGUGGCAGAGAUCAGAGCCCACUGAUGGAUACCUCAGCACGAGCGGGCCUGACACGGCUCUAGGUGGUGUAACAGUUUCGAAUGUGGUAAGAAGUAGUUGAAGUAGAUGAUCUACCCUAUCAAUUUUCCUAAGAAUUUUUUUUAGAUUGUGAUGGGACGGAUGGAUGCGAUCCCUUCACGGGCUAGUCAUGGUGAACCGGUACCUAUGGUCGUGACUAGUUUGGUGGCCGUCUGGAGAUGCGAGCACCCACCUCCCACUGUGUUUAACCACCUAUUGAACCUGGGGGGGUGGGACGCCAUGGGCUGAAGCAUCCUCGCGGGGGUGCUGCUUAAAGUUUCAUAGACCUUAACUAGUUCUACCUCCUCAACAAGCACAAAGAUCAGGGCUUUCGGAUGGGUUAGAAGCACUUUGAAAACAUACUUAAACGCACAUGCAUCCCCUUGAUGCUGUUCUUUUGAUGUUGUGUAUCAUGAUUUUUCUCAAAAAUGUGAUCGUUUGCCUUUGCUUAUUGUUUUUUUGUUCUUGAAUGAACCACCCAGGGACGUGGCGUUGUAGCUUCGUCUUGAUUUUCCCACCUAUACUUGAAGUUUUGGAUUCAAUUUUGAUUUUCUUUAUCGACUGGCAUCUUCGCGAUUUGAACCGAACACGAACUUCAUGAACCUCAUAAGGCGCAUCGCAUAGAAGGCCAUGCUUACCAUCACAUAGUCGCGCUGUGCUGUUGUAGUGCAGAGGGCUAUAGCAGUAAUCAGUCAACUACACAUGAUCUGUUCUUGUAACACACGUUUUGGUUUUCGGCAAGCCCAUGCGCAUAUCAGUGAGAAGAAACGACCAGCCGGAAAAUGGAAAACUAAACUUAUUGAUACUCGCUUCGCGAUAUCAGUGCGGAGUUUUUGUACAGAAAGUGAAACGUCGCGAGUCCACAAGAUCCAUGCGCAACCAUAACAUUCAAUCAUCUGAGUAACACUGAAGUCGAGAUCAAGAUCAUGAAGCAUAGAAUACG